CUUCAUCUCCACUUUAAUCCAUCUUACAUUUCUGUCUGAUCUCCAUGGAUUCUCAAAUCUUUAACUUCCUUGCUUUCAUCUUCUUUCUCUUCUUCAUCAUUGCUGCUCUGAGAAUAAGAAAGAAAAGUGAUGUAAUUCCAAAUAUACCCCCAGGACCAUGGAAGCUACCUAUCAUAGGAAACAUACCAAAUCUUGUUACAUCAACUCCACAUAGAAAGCUAAGAGAUUUGGCCAACAAAUAUGGACCAUUGAUGCACCUUCAACUUGGACAAGUCUCUACCAUUGUUGUUUCCUCAGCAGAGUAUGCUAAAGAGGUUAUGAAGACACAUGACAUCAUCUUUGCUUCAAGGCCUGCAGUUCUAGCAGCAAAGAUAAUUUCUUAUGAUUGCACAAACAUUGGUUUUGCACCCUAUGGAAAUUACUGGAGGCAGUUAAGGAAGAUUUGCACCUUGGAGCUCUUGAGCACGAAACGAGUCAAUUCGUUCCGGCCAAUAAGAGAAGAGGAGUUCACCAAUCUUGUUAAGAGGAUUAUGUCCUCAAAGGAAGGAUCAGUUAAUCUCACUGAAGAAGUGCUUUCAUCCAUAUAUGGAAUCGUUUCGCAGUCUGCGUUUGGAGGCACAAAACGUGGGGAUCAAGAGAAGUUCAUAUGCCUUGUGCAACAAGCAACAGCAGUUGCAGGUGGUUUUGAUGUAGGAGAUCUGUUUCCUUCUUGGGAAUGGCUUCAACUUGUGAGUGGAUUGAGGCCUAAGCUUGAGAGUUUCCAAAGACAAAUUGAUGAGAUAUUGGAAAACAUUGUUAGUGAUCACAAAGAGGCAAAGUUGGAAGGUAAAAAGAGCAAAAGUGAUGAAUCACAUGAAGAUCUUGUGGAUGUUCUCCUUCAAUUUGAAGAUGCUACAAAUCAAGAUAUUUGCUUAAGUAGAAACAAUAUCAAGGCUAUACUCUUGGAUAUCUUUGGUGGAGGAAGCGAGACAUCGGCGCAUACUAUAGAUUGGGCAAUGACAGAGAUGAUAAGGGAUCCAGGAGUAAUGGAGAAAGCACAAGCUGAGAUCAGAGAGUUAUUCAACAGAAUAGGAAAGGUUGAUGAGACUCUCAUCAAUGAACUCAAGUAUUUGAAAUCAGUUGUGAAAGAGACACUAAGGUUACACCCUCCAGCUCCUCUUUUACUUCCAAGAGAAUGUGGAGAAGCUUGUGAGAUCAAUGGAUAUUACAUUCCCUACAAAAGUAAGGUCAUAGUGAAUGCUUGGGCAAUUGGAAGAGAUCCAAAGAAUUGGAGUGAACCAGAGAAGUUUUAUCCAGAGAGGUUCAUUGAUAGUGACAUAGAUUACAAAGGUAAUAACUUCGAGUUUGUACCGUUUGGUGCCGGAAGAAGAACAUGCCCUGGCAGCACAUUAGGCUUGCUAAAUGUUGAGCUGGCGCUCGCAUAUUUGUUGUAUCACUUUGAUUGGAAGCUUCCAAGUGGAAUGAAACAUGAGGAAUUGGACAUGUCUGAGGCUUUUGGAGUUGCUGUUAGAAGAAAAAAAGACCUGCAAUUGGUUCCCAUUGUUUUUAGUCCUUUGCUUGAAACAUAAACAUAGAUUAGAUGCUAAUAUGCUAUGUUGUGUAUCCUUUGAUCAAGAUUCUGGUCAUUUACUUUUGAAAUAAAGCUGCAUGAUUGUGUGAUCAUUGUUACUGAUUACAAAAGAGAUGGAGAUUUUGUAAUGCAGCAAAAAAUCAAUGGCGAUUUGUCAACAGAUUCUUUCUA